AUGAAUCAAACCAAAAACUUAACAUCAUUAGAUGAAGAAUUAAUUGAUGACGAAUUAGAAAAUGAUGAUGAAUCAAUAACCGACAAUGAAUCAACAAAUAGUGAUACAACAACAGAUAAUGAAUUCCCAGGUGCGACAACAACAGUUGAUGAAUUGACAAGUGAUACAACAAUAGAUGAUGAAACAACUGAUGAUGAAUUAAUAAAUGGGUGUCAAUAA